AUGUUGCUUGCUUUAAUUUUGUUCAAUUUGCUUUCGCUGUUUGGGGCGGACGCGGGAAGGCAGAGGCGGUACCUCGUGUACCCAGACGGUGGCCCAGCCAGAGCACAGUUCAUCAUCGGUCUCGGUGUGCCAGUGGACCUGAAAGAGCAGUCAGUUACCGUCGGUACAGUAAUAAAGUUCCAAUAUGAUUUGCCUACAAACAGUACUGAAUACACAAGUAGGAUCUACGGUUUCGCUGAAACAGUCUCGAGGGACAUGAACGGAGACAAUCCAACAAAAGACGUUUCAAAUGAAAUAGAUUCAGACGAGUCAAGACAAAUAGAUGAGACAGAAGAUCUUGUAACAGAGGAACCCGAGGGAGACAACGAUACGUUAGUCGAUCUCACUUUUGAUGAUAGACGAAAGAGGUCCCUCGUUUAUUCUGAGAAUGCUGUCCUAAUCACUGACAGUAGUACUGCUAGUAAUGAUUUGUCUUUAGAAGAAGCGAUUAGAAAGCAAGAAAUGAUUGAUCAGAACGCUUUGGAAGAAGAAGAGGAGCCACAAAGAAUGAAUCGAUGGGACUUCUACAAAGUUAUAGAACGGAUGGUUGAAAGGUACGGGUAUUCAGGCCGGCCGUGCUUGCUUCGAACAAUCUGCGAGGCUGCAGAGGUACCAUUCACCCAUGAAAACGGUUUGCUCGGCGAAAUUGGACAUAUUCUAUUCACGCCAUCUACAACGAAGGACACAUUGUCUCAUCACACAGAUAAUGAAUAUCAUGCAGCUGAGAGGCUGGGCAGAGAGACGGGAGUCAAUUGUGAGGAUCUCUUCCCGGAAUGUGAAGGUUCCAUUCUAGAAACCUUUACACAGAUAGGAGAGGACAUUGCAUAGAUUUGGCUUCCUGUAA